AAAACUAACAUAAGGGAACAAACAUCAAUACUCAAACAUAUAAAUUGGAUGAUAAAUUUGGAACUCAUGAAGAUAUUUUAUUUAUUAUCUAUAAUUUCCUAUAUAAAUUCAAGAGCUAGUCAAAAAUAUGUUCUUUUAGUAUAUGGAGGGUAAAAAAUUAUGGGUCGAAUUAAUCCAUGUUUUACAAAGAACCCUACGUACAUAUGUACAUCAGUUAAGCGAAACAUUGCCACAUUAUUGUAUCAGGAUAUUUGACCGGAAGUUGGACUUUAAGCCAAAUUUUCUUCGAUUGCAGGGGCGUGGUGCAUCAUGAGUUCUUGCCACAGGGAAGAACGGUCAAUAAAGAAUAUUACCUGCAAGUUAUGCGCAAUUUGCGCGAAGCAAUCCGCCAGAAACGCCCGGAUUUGUGAAAGAACAAAAAUUGGCUUUUGCACCACGAUAACGAUAACCUGCUCACACAUCGCUGCUUGUGAGCGACUUUUUGGCCAAAAACAACACACUAAUAAUGCUGCAGCCACCGUAUUCCCCAGAUCUGGCCCCCUGUGACUUUUUCUUGUUCCCUAAACUGAAGAGGCCCAUGAAAGGACGACGUUACGCUUCUCUUGACGAGAUAAAGACGGCAUCGAAGGAGGAGCUGAAGAAGAUAAAAAAAAAUGAUUUUUUGAAGUGCUUCAAAGAUUGGAAAAACCGUUGGCACAAGUGUGUAAUAUCUCAUGGGGAUUACUUUGAAGGGGACAAAAUAGAUAUUCAUGAAUAACUAAAUAAUUUUUGAAAAAACACAAAAUUCGCGAUACUUUUUGAACACACCUCGUAUUUAGUUUGAGGGCAGGCUGAGCCCUAUUUUGGAAAAUUUUCACGUUUUCUAUAGAAUUUUAUUAGGGUUCGUAUAUAUUAAAUAUUUUACAAUGUUUGUGUAGAGUAUCAAUCUAACCACUUAAUAUGAGUCUUUAGUUUGAAGAAUACCGUUACAUGAAAUGUAACCGUUAUAUGGGAUACAGCCGUUCCCCAGGUCAGGUCUAUGUGCAUCAACCCGUAUUUUUAAUCCGUCUAAAGACUGUUAAUUCGGUAGCGUUAUCCCAAAUUAUGUGAAGAAUUCUGCCACUGCAACAAAACCAACAACCGACAGUUUGGUAAUUACCUAAUUUUAGAACAGAAUUUAUAGAAAUAAGGUGUUAUUACUUUGUACAUCUUUUCCGAUAAAUUAAAUAUCUUAUCUCAUUCGGUCAUUAUAUUUUCCAGGAAUUAUGUAUAUAAAGUGACACAUGCUAGAUAUCCUGGUUGUAAAAUAUAAUUAUAGAAAAUGCAAAUACUUUUCGUGUGAGUUUUAAAAUUAUUUAUCCAACUCUCGUUGGGUAGCGAAGCAAAGGCAUUGUAUAAGCAUCGAUAUUCCAAAUGUUUGGAACUGACAUUUUAUUACUCACUUUGUUGAUAUUCCAAUUUGCUUAAAAAUUUAAAAAUAUUUAGAAUAUACAUAUACAUAGGUACGAGCGAGUGAAUAAUGUGUUGUUUCCUGCGCAUGAGCGCUAAAAAAUGUAUUCCUUGAUAUGUUGAUAUGUAUGUAUAUAUGUAUAUGAUUUUGUAUAUUUGUAUGUAAAUACAAAAAAUUAUGUAGUCAUACUCGUACACUUACAUUUACACAUUUAAAGUAAAAAUUGUGGCACUUGCUUUUCAUAGACGCUGUUGUAUAUAUUAAAAGCAUAUUAGAAACAUAUCUUCAUCGCAAAACGCCAAUUUUGCAAUGCAUAAUUAUGGAAAUACUUUUGUGCGUGGACCUUCGCCUUCAUACACUGAUGAUGCACCGUCGGAGAAUGGUAUGUCAACCACUCUUCCUUUGGAAGCGGAUCUACACAUACAGCCCGAUGUUGAUAGCUGCAUAGAAAAGAAGUUUCAUUGCUCCUAUAAUGUUGAUAAUAGUGGUACUAUCAAAAAAGGCCGUAAAACUUUUGCCUUUUGGACAAUCUUCUUUAUACUGCUGGUACUUACUAUAGGCAAUCUCAUACUCAUGCUCACAAUAUUCGGUGUGAUGCAUCUAGGUCGAGGUAUUCAUGGUCUGGAGAUAAUACCCGAACACGAUUUGAUUAAGUUUUACGGAUACACCGAUUUGGAUCGUGUAUACAGUAAACAAAACGGUCGCAUUGAAGGGUUUAUUGAUGAUCCUCUUACAAUUACCAGUGAUGAUGGUGUCUAUGUGCGACUCCAUAAGAAUGGUCAGGCUUAUAAUCGCUUGACUUUGGAUAAAUCAGGCAUACAGUUUCAAGCGGUUAACAAUUUCGAAGUGAGGGAUUCAACCAGCGGCGAUACUAUCUUCACAUCCCAUCGUCCACACUACAAUAUUCCAGCUGGUGCCGAAAGCUUAUUAGCAAAAACGGUAAGCGCUAGUCGCAUAGCAAGUCCCAUCGGUAGUUCAUUAAAUAUGGAUGCAGAUGUUGGCGUUUCGUUUAAAGGAUCUGAGGGGAUCUCAUUAGAUGCUGCCAAUGUGCUUAUACAGUCACUCUCCUACGAUAUGACCGUUAAUUCAACCGAAGGAUUAAUCAUUUUGGAGGCUGGUGACGGGAUCUAUUUGGAUAUGGAUAAAAUACCAAUCGUCAGCUCUGAAUUCGGACUGCGUACUGGGAGUAUUCAAUAUAAGAUAUGUGUUUGCAUGCCAAAGGGUAACCUUUUUCGAAUACCAGUUCCCAGAAUACGUAGUGGACCUAAAGUAACAUGUGCCCAUUUUAAUGUAAAACAUGAUCCGUGUGUUUAAAUUUAGUCGUUGCACAAAAUUCCGAGUAUAAUGCAUGUUAGGAAAUAGUUAAAGUCUUGCAUAUCGUAAUUACUCAUAUAAACAAGGUAAAAAUAUCAAACGUUAAUAUUAUCCACAAUAAAAUCGAGAUGAAAAAUG